GACUGUCACUGCCAGUCUCGUCAUGAUCACAUCUUUUCUUUUGGUCAGUUAAAAUGAUCGGUCGUGUGGGCGUUAGGACUGAGCCCUCAUCAUAAUCUCUCGAGUUUCCGUCAACAUUCCAAUAUUACCCAUCUUCAGACAUACGGCCCGUCACCUCCAUCACCAGUCCAUUAUGAUCCGCUAACUCCGAGGGAAAUGGGCAAACUACGACAGACCAGAACUGAUGGGGUCACCGACGGCCCUGUCACUGUUCACAAGAAGCCCGGGAGGGUUUAUGGUCGCGGUCCAAAAAGCAAGGCAGGAAAAUCGUCGAGCGCUCAAAUUGGGCAGCUUGAAUUUUACUCUGGGGAGACAUCAAAAGGUGGCCCAUCAGGCCAACCUCCAGAAAGCAACCCAAACACGGCCACCCUUGCCGCCCCCUGGACGGUUUCACACGCAGGCUCCGGCUUUGGCCUAAUCGGUGACGGCUGGACGACAACUGCGCUCAGUUCUGAGCCCGAGGACAACCCCCUGGGUAAUGAUGGACUGCUCGCUCCCCCAGAGAAGAAAGGCGUCAGCCUUAUUAACGAUCUCUUCGCUACUUCCGACCGUUCCGGUUCCACUUCUGUCAAAGAUGAUGCUAGCAUUCCCGGAGGGGAACAGGAGACGAUUCAUCCGGGCUCGCGAAGAAACCUCGUUCAGUUGAUUGGGGACCUCUUUACCAGUCCUGCACUCUCCAAUUGCCAGGAUGUAGGUAGUGAUAACAGCCCUCCGACGGACAUCACGUCACCUAGCACCAGAAGAAACCGGAUCCCCCUGAUAGGAGAUGAUUGGUCUUCUAUUGUUCCUUCCGACAAGGUUAGUGAGCCUGAGCUGCAAUCUUUCAGGUCGAGCCAGAGCCAAGAGAAGCAUACCACCCAAGAUACUCUUGGUGCGGACUGGUCUUCCUGGGCGGAUCUGAGAAUUAGCCCAUCACCAGAAGCUGCAGAUAUAAAGACUCAGGGCAGUGCGGAAAACGCCUCUUCGAAUCAGCCAUUUGAUGCAUCUAUGGCUGCUGCCCCUAUCACCCCUGAUCGUGGUGACUCUGCUCUUCGCGGCAAGGUUCUUGAAAAUGCACCGAGCUCAUGCUUGGCCACUUACCCAGGAGAGAACUCUUCGGAAAGGCCGGCCCUCGAUUUCAAAACGGCGGGUGUUGGCGUGGGGGCAAAGUUGACCAAGAAGGGCAAACAUAACAAAGGUGCAGAGGUCUCCAAGGCGCCGAGAGAAUCAUUACAGAGCUUUGGCAUUACCCAAGCCUCAGAUAAAACCAAGGCCGACACGGAGGAAACUGCCGAACAGUUACCUCCGAGCCCCGAUAUUCAUGCUCAAGGAUCGCGGUCUGGUCUCGGGAAUGUACCACGAAAACCUAGUCCAGUCAAAAGUCAUAUCCAAGGAGCCCAGGCAGAAAACUCGACGCAGUACAGGAGAAAGAAACCGAGGCAAAUUGCAAAGAAGCCCUUCGACCCCAGUGCGCCACUGAACCCUUCCAAUGAGGGUGCUAGGAAACGACGCCAGCGUGUCCCCGACACCAGAGCAAAGAAUGGCAAGAAGUUGAAGUCGAACUCGACAAAAGAGGUAGUCGCACACUCGACGACAAAGAAGAAGAACCAUAAAGCUUCCCAGCAAGCACCCUUGAGUAUUAUAGACACCGACAGAAGGGACCCUAUGGCAGAUCAGCAUACGGCCGAUGUGGCAUGUGUUGAUAAUCUCGAGCUUUCUGACAUGGGAUUAGACAAUUGCGACUUCCUGGAGAAAGGUCACCAGAAGAGCGACGCAGAAGAGAACGUCGAAAGCGCCGAGAUCAAUGCGUCGCCAUCGAACGCCCGGCUCGAACCUUCGACAGUGUCCACCAAAAAACCCUCCGAUAUCAAGACUGGGAGAAAUGUGAGGACUCCAGCCACCGAGGGGCCAGUCAGCGAUGUGAACAUAAAGAAGAAAGAUAAAAGCAAAGGAGAAUUUACCUCGGCUUUGCUGAAAUCCGACGAGUCCGAUGCCGACGAUUCGGAAUACACGCCAGUCAAGUACCAACAGAGGCCUCGCCGCAAACCGAAGAAAGCUAAAACCACUUCACACAAAUCUUUCGAGGUUAUCAGCAUUUCAUCCGACAUCAGUAGCAGCCAGAGCGGUGAGGAAGGACUAGCAACUAGCUGCCGCGAAGGGGGAUUGCUUCCAUCCCCGGAGCGAACUUCCGAGGCUCUGUCUAUCAGUCCUGAGCGUCCUCCUCUCUUGGCUGUGGUGGAUCAGCCCGUGGCCCUCCCUCAAACCCCGGGAUCACCCAUGACCAUACGCACUGGUGGAACGCGGAAAUUGUCACUGUCACCAGGACUCCAGCCUACCAACCCUACUCCUCAAGCGCAAUCUCAAUAUCUGCAGAGUGGAUCACGUUCCGAGAAGACUUCAAAUGGAGAUUGCGAAAGAACUCCACGGUGCGAAGCUGGACCUAUCAAUACCAGACCCGUUGUCGAGCCCUCUGCUUGCACGCUCGACUCGGCGAUGGCAGCUUUGGGAUCAAGUGAUGUUUCCACUCGGGCCCAGGGUCCCGUCUCGACCAAGGCGAAACAAACCAGCCAGUAUCCGAUUGGCGUGCGGCAAGGUCUGGGCCAGGCCCAGAAACGCAAAGACGACCCUCAGAUCAUUGAAUCUCCAAGAAAAAGAGUAAGGUUCAGUGACAAGCUUUCACCAGAUGAUCGCUUGGAUGAACAGAGAAUGGCCGGCGCGGGCCACACUGGGGAUUUUACUGCGCUGUCUAAACAGGGAAUAUCAAACCCGUCGUCACCCGGAAACUCUGUUCCAAGUCAACGAUCCACCAUGGAAAAUUACCUGUAUUCCUCCCGCCAGGAGGAUACCUUGCCUGAACCCAGGAGGCCGGAGUCGGCAAACUGGGCAAGCAGUUUCAAAGAGAUCUUAGAAGAGCACUAUCCAAUCGAUGGAGCGAUCUAUUCCGGCUUGGGGCGGUGUAACGGAGGGCAUACUGGCAUCGGGCUGGUCGAACCGACUCGUUCGAAGAUGCGGGACACUCGACCGAAUGUGUUGACCGAAGCUGUACAUGAAUUGAUAGCAACUUUGAUGUGUCAACUCGACACGAAGGCCCAGAACGUUAAGCGCGUGGCUCAGUUGUUUCUUCACAAGGGGAGGCAGGUCAUCGAGACAAUGGAGAAGCUACAUCGAAACGACCGGGAAGCCAUCAUCGAGAAGCAGGAGCUGCUCCGCGCGGCGUACGUUCAGAAGUGUGGGCAGGUGGCGAUGGAAAUUCGAAGCGUCAUCGAAGACUCUCAAGCCAACGGCCAGGGAAACUUCUUGGGGGACUUGAGAGACCGGAGUGACAAGGCAAUGAGAGAUCUUCAUGCCGAAUCUGAACGAAUACAAUACACCCUUGAAGAAGCUAUCAAGGAAGUUAAAGAAGUUACAUCGAGUCGAGGGUGAUGCGAGACGGGUGAUACGCACUGGGUGAAUUCGGAGCAAUGAAACGGGUAGACGGAAGAAAAAGAAAGGAAGGUUCGGGGGAUAUCGGCGACUAGCACGAGUGAGGACGUGGAAGGGGGACGAUCUGGCGAGGCCGGGGAAAAAAGGAUGUUAUUUGUUAUGUUGAGUCUUGCGUUUCUUACCAGAGGAAUUUGCUGGAUGGUAACAUGGUUUGGUGCAGUUGGGGGUUAUGAAACAAUGCGAGAUGUACGGUACGUGGUCUGAAGGAUUCUGUCGGUGCAGCAUACUACGGCAAAUCACAGGGGGCACUGUAACAACUUCUAAAAAUAGUAACAAAAGGCUUCUAGGUCCACGCUAAUAGUAGGAAUAGCCAUGCCUAAUAAUAGUAUAUAUAAUAAUAAUUAUAUAGGUACGUAAACGUUCCCUUAAUAGUAGUUAAGUAAAUAGGGC